AUGGCUCCAAGGCAGAGGAAUGCGAGGGAGGUCGAGGUACAGACCAGCAUCUUACACCUGCUCAAUGCAAUCCAUCCGAAAAUAGGCGCUCUGGGCAACAUCAAGGAGCAGCGCCAGCUCAUGGAAAAUGUCAUCAAGCAGCACCGGCUUCCUACGAACGCCGAAAAACUGCGCGCUCAGAUUUUCGGUGCAGUCGCGAGACAUCCUGCUUCACCGGGCUCUACGAAAGGGUCUGAAAUCUUMACUAAGCCCGCAGAUGAAGUAUUUAGCAAGGAGUACCUGGACAGUGUCGGGUACAAGCUUCCUCUCAGAAAAACGGCGCGCAAACGCACGAUGCAGCCUACCAAGCCAGCGUCGAGUCUCAAACUGACCGUGAGGCGUCCUGUUGCUCAGACAGACUCGUCGUCGACAAAUAUGGCCGCCAGCCCUGUGCAAGACCACGAGCUUCAAUCCGCCCGGGAGCAGAGUGACGACCUUCCCACCACAGGCAGGAACGAGACCGGUGAGAAGYCCAUUGAUGACGGUGACGCUGAGAGGACCAUCGAAGAGACCCCGUCGAAGCAAGGUAGUUCUUCAAACCACCGCUCCCCGGCUACCAUCAUCCAAAACCAGCCAGCAGAGAAAGAUGCUACCGUACUUAGCGCGGACGCUACUGCGCGCUAUGUAAGCCCUGUGAAUACCAACGUACAGAGGAGCAUGUCCGAAUCUCGAUUGGACGAGGACGCUGUCAACGAAGACAGCGAGGCUUCCCAGGCCAAUCUCCUGCGCUCGUCUACUCGCCACUCUUCUGUCGACGUGAUUCGAAAGGAACAUCCAGAGACACAUGUCRGAGAGAAAAGCCACACCUCAACCCAGUACCGACAGCAAAUCGAGGAGGUCCGCCUUGCCAAAUUACAAUUGGAGGCCGAGAAAGCACUGCUCGCUCAAGGUCAGGAGCGGCUGGAAAAAGAGAAGCGUGGUCUGGAGAACCAGCUCAGCGAGUUCAAGGCGCAAGACGCUGAGUUAUCCACCAAGAAGCGGGCAUUCGACGCGCUGCAGACGGGUGGAGGCUUUGCCUUCCAGCCUGCGGCAAAGCGAUCCAAAACCAACAUGGCUACCCUGCAAAAGGACAGCCUCUACGAAAUUCAGGAUGAAAUGAAAGAGCUGAACCAGAAGAACAAAUCUCUGGCGGACAUGUACUGUGAUAUAAGAGACAUAGACUCCGAGACCAAAGCAGAGUUUCUCGUCAACCCAAGUCCGGAGCUGGAGCAGCUCUAUCGCCAGAUCCACGUCAAUGAGUCAGGACAUAGCUGGAAACAACAACGACCGAACCCUCCAUAUCGGGCUCACAGAGCCUUAAGAUGUCUCAUCGGAGCAGGCAUUUAUCAGUCCGUCUUCCGUAGCAAGUCACUCUGGGAGAACGAAGCGGCCGAUGACCAGACGUUCGCAGGUCUCACUCGAUACCUCUUCACAAACGACGAUGACGUGAGAGAAGCUGCAUAUCAGAGAAUCAAGAACCGAGAUUUCCAGAACGGCGAGGUCGCACAGUACGCASAGAAGCUCACUUGGGAUUUGAGCGUCACUCUCGAGCCUCACUUGAACAGAAUGAUGGCUGGAAGACGCCGAGUCCUCUCCACUGAUUGGAUCGAUGAGUUGAGAUCCAUCAUUCGCGCUGCAUUGAUUAUCAAGGCCAAGAUCGACGUCUACCACGAUGGAGAUCUCGAGGCGUCCUGGCCGUUGAUUGGCAGCAAGAUGAACCCCGUCACGACCGAUCACGAACGCAACGAGAAGCAACUAGCAUACGAGGUCGUGUUGGUCUUCUGGCCAGGAUUGCAGAUGAAGGUCGAGGGCAAGCCAGAUGUGAUUCUGUCCAGGGAUCAGGUUGCUGCUAAACCCAUUAACAAUGCUGAAAAUUGA